AUGUCUGUGGCGGCAACAGUCUCCUGUGUAGUUCUGGCAGGCAAGAUACGGCGUCCUGAAUCCAAGAGUUCGGUUGGGGCACCAAUAAGAUCAACGCCCCCGUCAGACAAGCCCUGGCUGUUUGUUGCUUUAGAUACGCUAACGAUAUCGCGAUUCGUACCUAUUAAUCCAGUCGAAAAGAUUGGAAAACCACUGCUCUUGAAGUGUUGUAAAAUCCGGUCGCGACGUCAUGGUGUCACCAUCUUCGGUCGAUGCUGGGUCACCCUCCUAUGCCAGGGUCUUGAUCCGAUUUCUUUUCGACACUGA